AUAAUUAUGUACAUUAUAUAUAUUGAAAUCCUAUAUGUUGCAAAGCGCCAAGAGAGCAAAUGAAAUAUCGAAAUUUCUGCACGGUACGAGUUCUGCAAAAACACGAGUAAUUCAAAUACAAUAUACGGAACUCAUUCUCACAUUUCCACUAAAAAUUAUUAGAUAUCCUCUUCUGCUGGCACGUGGCAUUAAAAAUAAUCGCAUGUUUUUUUUCUAUUUUUGUAACGAUUAAAACUGGGAUUUUAUUAUCAAAUUAACGUAAUUAAAUUUAUAUUAAAUUACUUUCUCGGAAUUCGAAUUUGUGCGUGUAAUUUUGUUACUUAUUGUGUGUGUGUGUGUGUAUUAAGUAACGAUUUAGUUGAUUGCAUAUAUACUAUAUUACAUGCUAUUGGCAAUGAAGACCAUAGUGAGAAUUUUUUUAUCUCGUUCGUAGAAUGCAGUUCGUAUUUGCCUGCACGUGUGCCGCGAUUGCGUGUAAUAUUCUCGCUGAGAAUGCAAUUUAUGAUUAUGAACCUCGUUGCAUUGCAGUUACGAUGUUAAUUGCACUCCCACUGCUGUUACACGCACAUUAUCCUCUGCUUUGUACGAUGCACUUCGAGAACUGUGCUUCUUAUUAAAAAUUUUGUAACUGGGUCGAAAACUGUCGUAAAUGGGUACAGCUGUCGCUGCUUUUCGAAGAGUUCGUCCUGCAAAUCGUUUUCAAACUUACGUCUCUUUCUUUAUCAAAUGAAUGUGGAGACAUACUUUCCUUGACGGAGACUUCUACGAUUACUUGGUGAAUAAAAUUUUUCAAUAUUACGCAAUUUUAAAAUAGUAGUAUUUUUAUCAGACCUGCUUUAAACAUGUUUGAAAACAUAUCGUGAGUUCUCAUAUAUAGAGCUUUUUAUCUCUUUUAUUUUCAUUUCAUCUAUCGAUGUCUCGGAAGAAAUAGCUCUAUCAUUCUUCAUACGCGCAGAAAUAACGACCUGCUUCUCAGAGCCGUGGGGAACGAUUGCUGAAAUUUACAUAUCUGGCCUGAAAAUUCUCCAGAGAAUCUGAAACUUGUGAAUUGUGGAGUGUCUCGGGUUUCAAAGACCAUUAAAGUGACAAAGAAUGUCUGUCUAUAGAAUUUAAUUAAUUCUUUAAAUUACUCGGUUUUAGGUCAUUCUCAGGUCUCCUAAUUGCGUCAAUUUUUAUUUAUUUAUUUAAAUUGAUCAAUAACCAGUUGAACGGUUUACAGAGUACAUUUCGCUUAAAUAUAAAAUUUAAUAAAUAAAACGGAAUCUGUUGAUAUUUUUUCGAUGCAAUUCAUAAAUAGUCAACUAAGUGAAUAAACGUUCCAAUGAUUAUUAAUUGCUGUAAAUCAAAAUUUAUCAAUUAUUCAUCCAAAUCCAUCUGUUCGUUGUAAUCAUGCCUCACCUAUUGCGGUAGUUUUCAAUUACAUCAAAUAAUUAACAAGCUCCAUCAAUUCUCCAAAUGAUCGCCCCUGCAAAUGCAGGAAAUUAAUUCAGCCAUCGCUUUAAACAGAUUUCACUGCAAUGCUAAACGAAUUACUUCAUCUUGCUACGGCAGACACGGUAUAUUACGCAUCUAAUAUCUACCGCGCUUUAGCUAUUUGUUCUUGAAAAUCACGUGUGAUUCCAUUACGACAUUCCAUCUCUGCGCGAAUUGUCGGAAGGUAGAGUCAACCCCUCGGAUUCGCACAUUCCUCUGCUGCUUCUCACCUCGUCGAACGCGCUCAUAUAUGACUUUUUAAUGCACCUCCACAAAACAUGCGCGUCCUCGCGCACUUUCAAUUUCCUGACAGUGCCAUAUAUAUAUCUCAAUGUCAGUUGGAAAUGGAUUCCGCGGGGAGUGCAUCCGUUCCGCAUCACCGCAUACGCUGCGUUUACGUGGUAUACCGCGGCGUCAUAUUUUCCGUCUAAUAUCGCACAGACGUGCAACGUGCACCUAUAUGUACAGUUACGUCUCAUUGACGACAGACAAUACGUUCCACCCCGAUCGAUUAUACGCUUUGAUGAACGAUUCUCGAGACGCCAUCGAAACGCGAGUGCACAGGAAGCGUUUCUCCGAACUGACAUUGGCGUUCUCACAAAUCAUAGAUGUUAAUCGCAUUAUAAUCAAGAUAUAUUACACGUGUGUUAUAAACGCACACACCAAACUUCAAUGAUCUUCUAUGAAAUUCAUGUUAUACGUAAAAUAUAAAAUUUUAAUUAAUUUAAUUUUCGAUAAUUUAAUCGAGUUAUCGUUGAAAACACAUCGUUAAUAGAAAAUUACGGAAUAUUAUUUUAUGGUGUGAAACAUAAAAUCAAUGUUUCAUAACAUUAUUUACAUUUUUUCUAUAUAUCACGUGCGGCGCAGUAAUCGAUCGCAUACAUAAUUGCAGAUUGUCAUAUAUUGCAUACACUAUAAUAAUGUGUAUACAUUUCAAUAAAAAAUUCAAAUUUACACAAUAUAUUUAUAUUAAGAUGCUCGAGCUAUUGUUUAGUUUUGAUGACAACAUCGAUGUGUUUAAUUUAUUUCUUCAGCUAAUCAAAUUAUAGAUAUUUCGGGAAAAAAUAAAAAUGCAUUAUUGACAAAGAGAAAGUUGACUAACAAUAAGUGUAAAAAAUUGUCAAUUUUUGCUACCGGAAAGAUAUUUUUAAAAACAUUUCAGAGAAAUAUAUUUAAUAAAUAAUAAAGGAACAUAGAGUUUAAUAUCCGAUACUUUUUUCGCACAAACUUUCAAUUUGCCAUUCGAAAGUCUCGUAUAUGCAAGACAGAUGAUAGAAUUGCCCGAAAACGGGAUCAAAACGGCGCAACGCAUUUAACCAAUGCGGGCUACGUCCAGACAGCGCUGUCGACUACUGCCGUUACGUUUUACGGAUCGAUGAAUUUUUCAUUAAUACACGCUCAUUGGCGGAUUUUACUCAAAAUUUUAUUUCCCCCGGGAUGAAGCUCUUCAUCGGCAGUAAAAGUACGCGUAGGCGCUGAGAAACCGAAACCGAACUGUAAUGACGAGAUCUAUACAUAACGUCAUAAAAGAACGUCAAUGCGCAUUAUGCAAUGUAGAGGGAGAUCCCUCGAAUCGCGGUUUAUCAUAUAUUUCCAGCUAACCGCUUAUCUGUAUCCGUGUAUUACGAGGUCACAAUGAAACACGUAUUAUCAUAAUCAUGAAAGAUUCGUAUUGCGGACUGACGAGCAUAUUACGAGACAUCUUAAGCAUGAACAGCAUUAUCCGCUUAUUUUUCAUGAAACAUAAUAACGAUCACGAUAUCAGAGUUCCGCGAAUGUAUUUUCCAUUUAAGCGGUAGACGAAAUAAAAGUGUUUCAUGGCUUACCUCGUUACGAUUCGUUUCAUGCGAACAAAACUCGAGGCAUUGUUAUCACAUCCUCCCAGAAUAGAAAUUAAAUUCUCGCGGAACAAUCGCUAAAUUUCCUGAGAAAGUUUCGCCCCGUGAUUUCUAAUGAACUUUUCGACAUUUUUCACUUUUUCAUUGCGCCUUAUCAUUAACAAACUAAAAAUGUAUAGUAAUUUUACAUGCUAAAUUAAGUACUUUUAGAAAACAUAAUAUUACAUUUUACUAAGUUAAGACCAAAAAGGAAAAGUAUAAAUGUUUUAAAUUUAAUGCACAAAUUUUUGCCUUUAGAUUAUUGUAAAUUUUAAUGUUAUCGAAGAACAUUUUUCUUAAUGUAUGGAAAAAUGUAUCCGGAUAUUUGAAUUCUAUGCCAAAUAGAUAGUUUUUUCGAUAAGUUGAAAACGGAGCUCAAAUUCAAAGAAGCAUUCGGCACGUGCAUAAUCUAAACCACCUCUCGAAUAGCCAUAUACCGUAACGAGAUCAGCUGCGGAAAGUCGGAUUUCCGGCGACUUCACGCUACGUGAUAAACAGCGUAACCUUUCGCUGAGGUAAUCGCAACGAUUUCCGUCAAAUCGUUUUUUUCGCGCGCUACAGUUAUCCUUGCCAAAAGACCAACGGGCAUGGAAUACCAGACCAAUCUGGUCUCGCAUAAAAAUGCAAAUGAUCACGUCUCUCUUAUCCGUAUAUGGCUAAUAAAUGCGGCAUGUCAUCAUCGGACCUAAUGGUUAAAAAAAAAAGGAAAGAAAAAGUAAAAAUAGCUCUCGCAGAACGAAAUUUAAUGGAAUCUCGCGCGCGCUUAAUGACAUUUUUAUGCGCAACAAAAGGACGAUGUAUCUUUGACAUCACGCCAAAAUUGUCGAGAAAUUCUGCCGUGCAGUGCGACAUGUCGAUAAUUUUAUCGUUUAAUCUCAGAUUGCACUGAGAAAUUCUCUAUUGAUAGCGGGCGCAGAAGCGUUGUCUAACCGGCUGUUUAAUUACGUAGAUAAGUACAGUCGCGGAAAAGGGAUACUUGCGUGUGUACGAUCCUGUGAUCGAACGUGAUGAGCAUUCAGCGUGCUCGAUUUACCGUAACAAUCCCGAAAUUUUCGCCGUGAAUGUAUUAACGCGCGCGAAAUAGUUAUUCAACGAUAAAUGCGGGCGAACAAAAUUAUUUAAUGAUAAUUACCAUAAUUCUUGAUAAUUAGUAUAAUUAUCAGUACAGAUACAUGUCAAAGAUACAUCUCAUUCACCACAUCGACAAUAACACAGUUGUUAUUUUAAUGUAAAUGUGACAUAUUUAUUUAUUAUCUGCAUAUAUAGAAACGUUACUUAACGUAGCUUCUCAUAUAAAAGUUUGUCAUAUAAUAUGCAUCAUAUUAAUAAAUCGUACCAAAGAAAUUUAACGAGGCAGAACUCAGUACCUAUUAGACAUAAUUUCAUCGCUCUAAUUAAGCGUUGACGUCAACCUGGGCAAGUAUCGAGAUAAUACAAAUAAAAUUAGAACAAAAAAGUUACCUCAUGUGACCUCAUAUGCUUUGCCAAAAUCCACAUUAUUCUCACGUGCCGUAUAAUCUAUUUUCAUUUUCUUCUAUAUCACACGAGACAGUUGAAAUUAACCGAAAGAAACUUGAAAUUACUACUAAUUUGCACUUUGAUAAAGUGCAACUGAUUAUGUAGUUCAACAGUUUAAAUUGGAAUAAAGUUAUUAACGUUAAUUAACUAAUGUUAACAACUUUAUCCUAGUUUAAUAGCUGUUUAAUAACCGUUUUAAAUAAUAUAGUUUAAUAACUCAAUUAAAACACAGGUUAACAAUUUGAAUUAAAUGAGCCACUAUCAGAAAAUUGGACGUUGAGAUUUUUUGUAAUAGAAGCCAUUCAUAUUUACGAUAUAGACUAUCCAUCGUGUCUGGUUUAAUCAGACAAGGCAGACAAGUUGGCUCGUGUGAGGCAGUCGUCAGUGCCAAAAGACUAAGCAAUCUCUCUCUUUCUCUCUCUCUCUCUGUCUCUUUCUCCGGAGCCACGCAAUGUGAUCACCGGUUGCUGGAGGGGUGGGGGGGCUCAGACACGGCAGCUGUUUGCUCGUCGUGGAACGGAUCAGGGGGUCGUGCUGGCAUGUGUAACCCGCCAGUAAUGCCGCAUCGCUGGCGUUUGCAGCUCGCGCGAGCAACGCAGCGCGGGACUCUGACAUGUCGUUACGAUUUUUGCCAUUUUUCCAAGGUCGCAGUCGUGCGAGAAAAAGAUAAUUGUCAAGUGAAAUCGUGAAAGUGCCGCGUGUCGGGCCGUGGGACGCUGGAAAAAUCGGCCCCUCCGAGAGCGCUUCAAGCCGGUAGGUUCGGAGCACAGCAACGGGCGUGCUUUAAUACAGCAGCAACGGUUGGAAAAAGUGCGCGCGCACACUGACGCGCUUUCGGAGCAGCCUGUGGACCAGUCCGUCGGUAAAUCUCCAAAAAUCGAUCUCGGCCCUGUACACGACAUCUCGUCACGUGUGUUGAACGUUUACAGUUCGAUCGUGUGUGAUUGGGAAUGAAUUGGAUCGCCACUUUGUUCUCCUAAGUAAAUGGCCGGCGACAAUAUUCAAACGGCAAACUGCGAACAGACGGUGAAUGAUGAUAUUCGAGUGAUAUUAUAUAGUGAAAGAAUUUCCAAAAUGAUAAAUCCGUAACGAGAGUUCAUCAGUGAUCAAGAAUUUCCAAAUGACGAGUCGAUAACGAAGACUACGUAGUGAUUACAAAUUUUUAUUAGUGAUUAAUAGCGAUUUUUUUUUAUUACGUGAAGCAUAUCGUUUAUCGAUAUAUGUACAUAUAUAAAAUAUCCAAGUUAUGGAUAUUUAUACGGAAGCAAUGAAUCGUCAUAGCGAGGUCUACGACAAUUGGACGAAAAUCGUGAGGACUCUAACGAAUGCAUCCAAGUGGCGUCCAAGAGACGACGCUAUCCUCGCCUACUCGCGUGGAAAUAUCACUCUCGACGUCGCGCUUAGAAACGGGUCCAGCCACAUGGAAUUCGCUCUGUGAUAGUCAGCUUUAUUUCCUGCCAAAGAAUUGCUUUAUGGAUGAAAAAUCGCACAUUUUUAAGCUUUAUCCUACCAAAGAGAAGCAGUAACGUGCCUUAUUGUCCGCAGUAAUAAUACAUGUUACCAGUAAUUUAUAAAACGAGCAAUAUGCGAAAAGCGAUCUCAUCGCAUUGAGAACAUUCAGGCGUAUCGCAACUCUCAAAAGGAUCGCAUAUCUCGAUAGGACAUGUUAUAUUAAGCGAAAUAUAUUGAGCGAUCCUCAGAUGAAAUUUCGCAAAUCCGUCUCAUCUAGCCCGAAGAUGGAACUACUCUCAAGACGUUCCUCUGACGGCAGGAUGUCGACCUUGAAGAGAUCGAGAUCCUUCCGAGCGUCUGUGAAACUGAUGUCAAAGAUACGCGAUCGUGCCAAUCUGCGAUUGACCGCUGGCUUCGAUCUCUCGUCCGUCUCGAAAGAUCUCAUCGUCAAGAAAGGCUGCAACCUCCCUGUUGUUGAAGAACCUCAGAACGGUGAAAGAUCCUCGAACCUACGAAAAGAUUUCGAGGAGGUUGCGAAUUCUUGCGUCAAGAACAAAAUCAGUGACGAGGCAGCAUCCCCGAGUCCUCGGAAGAUCUCGGUGUCAAAUCUCGAUGCCGACCCGCGAGAAAUUACAAAAGAUCUGAAGAGUAAGCUCUCUCUGACCGACAGACUAAUGGGCAAGGGCCGCAAGGACGUAGUGGAGAGACCCUCGACGAAAGACGAAGGUGUGAAAUCACCGAAGGUCAGUCACAUUUUUCGCAGGAGACGCAGCACGGAGAGUUCGCAGGAAAAUACUCGAAAGAAGGAUUGUAGCGACAAGCAUGCGUCCUGCGAGACAGACACGGGUCGAUCGAAUAAACAUGUAUCUUAUGAGAACCCUACAUUUGUGUUAGACAAUUCCUUGGACUCCUCCGUCUCGAGCUUCCUCUUUGAAGUCGAAGAGAAAGAGGAGGAGGAGGAGGAGGAGGAGGAGGAGGAGGAGGAAGAGGAGGAGAAGACGAAACAACGACAGGAACAAGAUGGCGAAAAUGAGCGCGCUGUGUCAACUAAGCGCGAUGUCUUGACUGUCGUCGUGGAUUCUCACAAAGCCACAACUAACCGGCUCCUAUAUCGUAAAACAAACUACGAGCCAGGUAAGAGCGAGGACGAAGAAUACCUCGAGAAGGAAGAGUCGCAAAACGCAUUUCGUCCCCGAUGCGAGACUGAUCCUUUAAGACGUCCUUGCGAAGUGAGGAAAAACGAGGAUUCGCAAGCGAACAUGAUAAACGGAAAUCGAAGAACGACUGAAUCUUUCGGCGAAUUUGAUCGACCAAGAAUUAAAUUUUAUUGCAAGAUGCACGAGACCGAAAGAAAAAAUGCAACAAUCUGCCUGCAGAAUCAGAAAAUGUACGACAACAUCAAGACGUGUCCUUCAAAAUCUUGUAAAAUCAGAACAGUCGAUAAUAUUGCCAACUUUUGGUCAAGUAAACGUGGUAACAGUUUUCGAAAUAAAAUGGCAACCAGUAGGAAAAAAGAUGCGAAGGACACGAGGGAUUACGAGCGGCUUGGUCAGGAGCGAAUUUUCAUGUCAACAUCAUCGGGAUUAAAGUUCCACUCGUUGCAAGGGAUGGAGUUCCUGGAAGGUUUCGGCAAGAAGAAACAACAAUCCAACCAGCAACUAAAUAAUUUAUCAUCGAUACAUAUCAAUCCUCUCUCGGCCCAAUCCCUCAACAUACACCUGCAUGCUUUAUUUGCGGCUGUGGAACAUGGUCACUUGGAUAAAGCGAGGACUAUUUUGGAGUCUACUGAUGUGGACAUAAAUAGCGUUAACAGCGACGGCUUGUCACCGCUGGACGUUGCUGUGCUUAGCAACAACAGGCCGUUGGCAAAAAUGCUGGUUGCGUUCGGCGCGCAGGAAGGGAAUCAAUUCAAGUCUCCGGAAUCUCUGGGUAGCCAUUUGGCGUCAUUGCUUUCGGAAGCGGAACACAGAGUUCAAGAGCUCGGUGGCAGUACUUCCGGUAGCGGAGGAACAACCCUAUUGGAACCACCCAGCAGUCAUAGGGCCAGUUUUUCCACGCAACAUAACAACCUCACGGGAUGUGGUGGUAACACGGAGGAUAAGCAACUUGCCCUGUGGGAAAGGAGAGCCAGAGCUCUCAGAAAAAUGUUACUGGGUUUCGACCAAGCGCGCCCACCCGACAUACCUUUCUUAGUCGCGAUCGAUGUCACGGGAACAACAUCGGUAACAGUCAGAUUUCAAGAGCCAGAUUCGCACGACUCUCCGAUCUGCACUAAAUUCAAAGUCCAAUGGAGUCUGCACGAUGAUUUUUCAGUUAUUUGCGAUGAGAGGGAAGUCCUAGACAUGAAGCAGAGAGAAUGUCGGAUCGAAGGUCUAACUCAAGGUCAGAAAUAUCAUUUUCGCGCCGCCGCCGGAAAUUUGAAAGGCUACAGCAGAUUCAGAAACUCAACACCCGCACAUGUUACACCUAGCAGUUGGAGGGAUAUAGACGGCAGGGUGCCCAGAUUUGCGGGACGACUGGAACAGCUCAACACUCUGUUCACCGACAUAAGGCGACCGGAAUAUACGCAAGAAACGCCGGCGGUGCAGAGGCGAAAUCACAAAAAGAAAACAACGAUAAAACAGCUCUUCACGGCGACGAGUAAAUUCCAGAAAAAUCUCAGGCGAGGAGUGUUUCUAGCGUGCCUACUCUAUCACGAGGACAAGGUUCUUGUUACAAACGAGGACUUCUUACCAGUGAUCGAGAUCGAUGAGACGUAUCCCAGUUGUAUCUACAACGAUUUUCAUUGGCUCAUGAAAGUCGCCUGUACCUGGGACGACGUUAAAUCCCUUCGGCAGGAUAUGGAAAAGAGUCAUAGCAGCUCAACGAACCAUUUUAGGAUAAAGUUACUUCAAGCUGCUGCUCAAAUGCAGGCUGCAUUGUGCAUACAAGACCUUGGACAGUUAUAUCAUAAACCUAUCAGAGACAUUCAAGGGACCUUAGUAUUCUCUACUGUAAAUUAUAUAAAGUCGCCGAAAUUGGUUUCUGUAUUAAACAGCAGGUGGUUGCCGCUCAGUAAAGUCAUAAAAAAGGUCAUAACGCACGAAGAUAGCAACGUCGCUGAUAUAUUGAUGACUAGUAUACAAGAACAAAUGACAUAUCACCAAGUCAGCAGUAUCAAACUAUCCAAGGGUUUAUAUCUCGGUUAUUUGAAAAUGCAAAGUAGCGUGGAUCUCAUACAAGUCGUUGUUCCCACGAAAUCUCCAAACGUAUUGCCACAUUGUAAAAUUCGCGACAAUCCGCACGUGUCAGCGGAGGAAUGGGACUAUCUAAAGAGAAUAACGCGCAUUUGUACGUCCGAGGCUUCCGUGGAGGAAUCCGAAGAGAAGGAGAAUGUGACGAAUGAGGCGCAAGGCACGGAACAACAGAAGCUAUUUGUCGAUCUGGUCGCCGCGACGGCACGACGACUGUUCAAUUACAUGGAAAUCACUCCCGAGGAUUCACUUGUCCAGCGGUUAUACGACGCUGAGGUGAUCGAUCUGACUCAUGACGUGUCGUUUCUUAUUACUGUGCCACCCGCCGAAACCGCCUGCUGCGUGCCUGGCACGCGAGAAAUCUUACUACAGCGCGGUGAUCUCCUGUCAUUGCCGAUUCAAGUCUUCGAGAUGGUUCAUUUGAAUACGUAUCAGAAAGACGUGAUCAAUCGUUACUCGAGACUCAGCUGUAUAUUGGAACUGGACACCGCACAGGCCCAGCAUAAUCAUAGAGAAGCCUUUAGUUCCUUGGAGCUGAGCGUCGCCAAGGACAAACUGGCAAGAUUGCAAGACCUUCAGUCGCAAGUGAACACUGUGUGGAAAGGCGCCCGAUGGUUGAUCGACGUUAUAACUUUCGCGAGAGAUCGCGGUUCAUCCCAACAAAACAUUGCAUCGCAAACCAUUGGCAUAUCUAUGAAGCAUCUGCUAAGUCUGGACAGAAAUAAAAACAGCAACAGUAACAGCUUGAAACGAAGUUUAUUACAAUUACCACCUAGAGAUCCUAAACUCGUGAAAUCGAGUCCCGGGCGUGGUAGCUGGCCCGGUCCUAAUCUAUCGAAAUCGUCCUCGAAUCUUCUUACGACAGAAUUCAGCAAAAGCGAGCAACAACUGCCCAGUGGUCAAUACGUGCGCAAAGGAAGCAACACCUCGAACGUGUCGACAACUUCGGAGCCGCCGAAAUCGUGCGCACCGAUAAGCAGCGGUAGCAAUUUGAGCAAUCUGACGACUACCAGCAGUGCGAAUCAUCUGAUACCGUUACAGAAUGUGAGAUUGCCACCCUCCAAAUCCGAAGAUACCUUGAUUCUCGCCAAGUACAAACACAGUCCGCGAAAUCGUUCCUCUACGAUAACGUCGGCAUCGGCUACCACUAGUCCAUUACUGAGUAUUAAGCCCAUGAAUUAUAGCGGUUCAUUAUUGAGUGUCUCUACGGCGAUGACAAACACCACGAGUCUGCUUAGUGUGAGCAACACAAAUUCCGACAGUCUGCACUCGCUGAGCAGCGACGAAUAUUCCGCAACAAAUUCAAACGCCUGUUUGAAACCUGGUCAACCAGUCAAAGUUAAAACGUCUAAACCGACUGCGAGCGUCGCGGCGAUGGCUGCCGUUCCGACGGAUAACUUAGAUGAGGAGAAGGAAGAAGCGACAAUGAUGCCGGCACCUCUGCCAGGCAUUCUUCAGGUUUACGCGGCUUACGAGACUGGUUUGGCAGCUGGUACCAGUUUAAAGCUGCACGUAACACCGAGGACUACGGCACGGGAAGUCGUGGAUCUUGUUGUUAAGCAAUUAAAUAUGGCAGUGGUUUUAAAAGGACAAAAAGGGCCCACUUAUACGGCUGAAGAGCUACCAAACUUUUGUCUAGUUGCCGUAAUUGGUGCGCGGGAACGAUGCUUAAGGGACGAUUUUAAGCCGCUUCAGCUGCAGAAUCCAUGGAAAAAGGGACGGCUAUACGUUAGGCAAAAACAGGAUGUUCUUGCUGCUCUUGAGCAUAGUAGUAAACACACCGCGUACUUAUAGCAGAAGUAAAGCGGUAUUCCUAAGCGAAUAACGAUCUACUUACCGACUUAGCGAAUAAUGUAAAUUCAAUUUCAGUACGUCCUACGUCAGUAUGUGUAAACGUAACGUUCCCUAAUAACGAUAUUUCGCAUAAAGCAUCCUAGUCGUCAACGGCACAUCUUCAACGGCACUAUCAACAAACGAAAUGUUUUAGUGAACGGCGACUAAAAAAAAAAAGAAAAAAAAAUAGUUCGUAUAACGCUUCAUGAAUUCGAUAGCUAUUUCCUUGAAUUUUUCUUCCAAUUUAUGAUAUUCUAGAAUGAAUGUGACUUGAGAUCCGAUACAUAUUUUGUGAAAAAUAAAUAUUGUAUAUUCAAAAUUAUUUUACUAAAAAAGAAAAAAAAGCUUGGUCUCUUAAAGCAAUGCACUAACGGAUUCUGGGGGGGGGGGGGUUAAAACCCCUCUUCCACACAAAUUUAAGAAAUCAGUUUUACUGGAUUACUGGAUCGUUUAAAAAAUUUAAGUAAAAUGAUGCAGGCCGAUUAACGUGGGCGUCUGUGGAUCAAAUUCUUAUGUAUAAGAUUCACUAUGUUCAAAUUGUCCGAUGUUCGAUAUACGAUAUUCACCAAAAAA